UGCGGAAGCCGCCAACGGCGACUGGUAGAUGGUACCGCCAUCGGGAGAGCGCGAACUACUGUCAGAAAUUCAAAGCGCCGCCCUUGGGGGCAAAAAACGGUGAAAGCUAACGUACGAAACCAGAGGGCAGCACAGGAUGCGAUCACGCGACCCUGCCCGUGAGCAAUCUCCCAACUCAUCUCUGGGAGCUACAGUACCUUAUGUAUGUAUAAACAACUAAUUUGGAGAAUUAAACUGCAAGUAUGAAACAGCAAGGGCUGGAGUCAAAGCUAUCAGCAUGUUCUUUAGAAGAAGCUGACAAAUGCCUCUUUGAAUAUUUACAUGCAGAAAUAGUUAAUUAUGUUUUGGCUACAACGUCAGACAAUAAGCAGGAUGGAGAAGAAGAAUUAUCUCGUUUAGAAUGGAUGGGGUUCAGCGUAGGAUAUCGUAUCAUUGAACGAUUGACAAAGGAAUGGGCACGAUUCAAAGAAGAGUUAGACAUGAUCAAAUUCAUUUGCACAGACUUUUGGACUUGCCUUUAUCACAAGCAAAUUGACAACUUACGAACAAAUCAUCAUGGUGUGUACGUAUUACAUGACAAUGAGUUCCGACUACUAGCAAACAUUGGCGCGAAUGGAAGCCAGCAGUACCUACGGGAGAGCCCUCGUUUGCUAGCAUUUACCUGUGGCCUUUUACGUGGUAGUCUUGCUAACCUUGGCAUAGUCAGUACAGUAAAGGCCGAAGUGUCUGCAUUACCAAGUUGUAAAUUCAACGUCCAAGUACAGCGAAUAUAACUAUUCCGUAGGUAUACCUGUAAAUAAGAAUGUAUACAGUUAAUCCCUAAAGGUCUGCAAUUUUUUAUUUUCUUAGCAUAAAAAAUUACUGACAAAGAUGGGUUUAAAGAAAAUAGAAUAGUAUUUAUAUGAAUAUGAUUGUUUAUUAAUAAAAGUAUUUAUGGAUCAGUC